AAUGUAAUCUUGUAACAUUUAAUUUGAUUUUCUUUUAAAGUAUCCAUUUUCGUUCAGAGAAUUCUGGACUGAUUACUACCCCACUGACACUUCGUAGACCAAGGUCAAAACUCAUAUAGAAUUAGUCACGGAGAAGUUAAUUAGAACGCGCUUUAGUAAAUCGCGCAGGUGCAACGCGUGUGGAAAGCGUCCUGUUGUCAGUGUCAUAGCAUCAAAGCAAGUAUUUUGUAUUUUCGAAAAACUAUCUAAAUUUUCCUGUUGGAAUUAGCAUACAAAUUUGAUCGAUGCCCUACAUUUUAGUGAGAGGGAACCUUGCAUCUUAUGGUCAUCGUCAACCGUGGCGCGUUUUAGUAUCGGGACUAAAAGCUUCUGAUAUAGAACAACUAAAGAGAUUUGCCUCAGGAGGGUACAGUGAUGAUUCCACCAUUGUCUAUUUAACACAUCCAUGUGUAAUUCUCACGGCUCUUGAAGUAUUGGGGUAUAAAGUUGUUGCAUCAUCAUCAACUUCUGUUAAACAAGAUUAUAAUGAGUAUAUGUGGACUAUGAGAGCAGAAUUUGCAGAACCGGAACCAUUAAUGACAUCGAAACCUUUAAAUAAACAAGAUUCUCCAUCUACAAUACAAAAGGGAAAUAUAGAUCUCAGUUUGUCUGUUGGGAUGAAUGAUUGCUAUGGAACAACGUUGCUCAGUUGCAAAAUACAGGCGAUGGAGAAUCGUUUGAAACGUAGCAUGACAAGAACCACGAGUGACCGCUUAAGACAGGAGAACAAACCAUUCAUUGAGAUGUCAUUGCCUAAUUACUACUACAUUGCUGUGAAAGGAUCUCUUCAUGCCACUGAUUGUCAAGUGUUUGGUCUCAAUGAAGAUGAGAGAGAAGCUUUGUCGAAACGUUAUUCAAAUUCGUCUGCUGAAGUUAUUAUGAAUGGUGUAAUUAUUAAAGGAGCUGCUAUGGAUGUAAUCAACUCUUUAAGUGAGUUAGGGUAUCAUGUAGUUUGUAGCACUGGUGAGGCAGAAAUUGUUUGGACCAUGCAGCGAGAAAUAUAAAUUUAUUAUAGAUGCCUCACGUUGUGAUAAAAGGGAACAUCGAUGGAACUGAGACCAAAGUUUUCGGCAUGACAUUCACAGAGUUCAAUGUCUGCCGAGAACUCUUGAAGUUGUAUGGUGGAAAAGUUGGCCAGGAUGGUCAUACCUUUCUUAAUCCUCCGCUACUGGUUCUAAAUUUAUUUGAGCAACGUUUUGAAUAUAGAAUUGUUGCUUCGUCCGAACAAGGAUCCCAAAACUGCCCAAUAUGGACUCUUCACCGCCCACCCAACACCCAUCAACGCCCAACAAGUUUUCGGCGUGACUUUCAGAGAGUUCAAUGAUUGCUGAAAGCUCUUGCAGUUGUGUAGUGGAAAAGUCAGCCAGGAUGACCAUACUUUUUUCAAUCAUCUGCUUAUGGUUCUAAAUUUAUUGGAACAAUAUUUUGAAUAUAGAAUUGUUGCUUCAUCCAGACAAGGAUCACAAAACUUUCCAAUAUUCCACUCAACACCUUCAUUUUGAAGUCUUACAAAUUGUACUUCUAACUAAUAGAAGUGACAUUGUAAAACAAAAUGAACUACAGUAUUUGAGAUGUAUGUGAAGUGAAAUGCUUUUGUGAAUACUCUUUGUGGAAAGUUGUACUUUAAUUAAAAUGUCUUUUGAGACAAUGUCGCAUAAUUGUGGUCAUAGUCAUUCUGUGCCAUCAUCUGUUUAUCAGACUCUAGAAGAAUUGGAUUUUGAACGUGGAAUUUGGUAUGCAGCUCAACACAAUGAUAUAACCCGCAUUGAAAAACUUCUGAGGCAAGGUGUAUCUCCUAAUGCUGAAGAUGCUGCUGGUUACACUGCACUUCACUAUGCAUCCCGAGCAGGCCACUUGGAAUUAUGCCGUAUCCUGCUAUCAGCUGGGGCAGAGCCCAAUUCACUCACCAGGGCAGGCAGAGCAUCUUCUCUUCACCGAGCAGCCUCAAGAGGACUUGUAGACAUAGUGAAGCUGCUUUUGAAAAGUGGAGCACUUCCUGAUUUGCAAGAUUCAGAUGGGAAAACUGCUUUACAUCGUGCUGUGGAAGGUGGUCAUUAUUUAGUUGCACAAGCUCUUUUAGAUGUAAGUGAUGUUUCAAAAAAAAUUCCCGAUUUGAAAGGUCAGCUGCCAAUUGAUUACGCUAAAGGCAAAGAAAAUAUGGAGCUUGUGUUAUCAUAAAGGAUAAAUUAAAAUGAGUUUGACAUAUAAUAACUAUUUUUGACAUUGUGCUUAUGUACUCCAUGUAGUGUUCUAAAGUUCAAUAUUCUAUCAGGAUAUUUUUGAUAUAAUUGCAUUCGUGAUGAAAAUAAAAAGCUGGAUAUUAUUUGGAAGGAGAAUUGUACUAUAAUUUUAUUACCUCUAUUUCUGAGAGCAAGUUCUGCAUGUGUUAGAGCAUGAUUCAUACCUAUAUGUGGAAUUUGUAAUGUAUUUUUAGAAUUAAAUUUUGUUACUUCUAUCACUUUCUCACAUUUGUUUUUCUCACUGUUUUCUCUUACGUUAUAUAAUCUUUGUGUAAAUAAUUAAAAUUGUAUGUAGUCACACUGUAGAUAUAGAUAUUUAUACUCAAAAUACAGUAGAGAAUCAGUUAUGUGGACUCAGAUUGGAUUUCUUAGAUUUUCUUGUAGUGAACGUUUUAAAAAUGUUCAUGUGUUUUGUGAGUCAUAUUUUGGCUUUGCAAGUAAUUUACACUCUACUGUGUUUUGAAAUGUUACUUUAUUGAUAAGUAUUGAAUUUCAUAAUAUGAAAAUAAUGCCUAAAACUAUUGUACAGUAAUUUAUUCCUAUCCAAAUACACUCAAAUAAGUAAAUAAUUUUAAGUUUCUCUGGAUGAUGUUUAUUAACUAAAACAUUAAUUUAUUAAUGAUACAUUUAUUUGGAACAUCAUUGCUUGAUCUUGUAAACUUUUGAAAUGAUUCAGAUAAAAUAUUAUGAAGUUAUUCAUAAGUCAUUAUGUUUAGUCAUUUCCUUUACGCAAUUAGUAUGCGAGAAAAGGUAAAGAGAUGAUUUUUGUGGCCAAGUUCUGGAAACUUUACGGAGUGUUUAAAAUAAGUUUAAUCUUCCUUUGCUAUAUUUCUUACAUUUUCAUCUCUUAAAAAUCAUUUAAUCAUCAUUGUUUAAUUCUUUAUUGGUUUGGUUUUUGAUAAUAAUACAAAACUUGUAAAGAGAGACCAAAUGUUGUUUUAGACUUCAUUGUUUCAGAAUUUUUCUCUUGUUCUUAAGAAUUGUUAGGAUCUUAUAAUUCAGGCCGUUGCAUUUUGUUGAGAUUUUGCUUUUUCUUUUCCAAAUUUUAUUUAAUUGUGUGGUGGUUACUGAAGGUCAUGCUUAUGUUUUGUUUUUGUUUCUUAUUCAUGCAAUCUUAUCUCUUCAGUAAUUAAAAAUUGAAAAGAUUUCAAAAAAUUCUUUCUCUUUGAAAUAAUCCAACUUAAAUUUUUAUUUGCAAUUUGUGUGAGAACUCUAAUGAAAUGCAGCAAAUUAUGUGAAAAUGAAUUAAUCAAGUUUUCUUAUUUUACUGACAUUGUAAAAUUUAUGGAAUAAAAUGAAAUAAUACAAAUGAUCACUCAAAGGAAAAUCUGCUUGAUGUGAUUAUUAAAAAUUUUAAGUUUUUGAAAAAAAUUCUGAGAGUCUCAAUUAAGCUAUUACUCGUGUCUUAUUUUGAAUAAAAUGUGUAAUUUGACAAUUUUGAUAGGUUUACACUAUUAAUAAUAAUAUUUACUUUUAUUUUUAAAACUGAUAAAAAUACUAAAAUAAAUCUUUUUAUUUAACCAAAAAUUUGAAAAGUAAUUAAAAUACAUUUUCCUGAAGGGGGGGAGGGGAUAAAUUCAAAUAAAAUGUUAAGAAUGUUUAAUGUAAUUUAUCAUUAUUGUAACUAGUUUUGAGAUUGCAUUUGUGCUAUGAUUUGCAAGUUAUUUGCAAAGACUGACAAAAGUAUGCAAAAAGGAAUAUGAUUGCAAUAUUUUAUAAAAAAGUAGAGUUUCUGCUAAACUUGAAAAGGCAUGAAGUUAAGUGUAUUUUUUGUUGUGUUUUUUUGCUCUUUUGUGUUAUUCAGGAUUGAAAAGUAGGAUAGCAGUAUCAAAACAAGCUGAAUGGUAUUUCACAAUACUAAGCAAUAAUUUUUUAGAUCUUUAGUUCAAAUUAAUUAUUUCUGAUGUAAAAACAUUGGUAUUAUUGGAAUUCCUCUGCACUUGUCAUGCAAGUUUGUCUCGUUUUAUCCCGUUCAUAAUAGCCACCAGUACUUCAGUUAUAUUUUUAUAUGUUGCUACACUUCUAAUAAUACAUUCUAAAACUAGAUGCUAUGCUUUAAUGGUAUAUUUUCUUGUUGAUCACAUUUGAACACUUGAUGCAUAAGACUGUAAGCAAAAGGUAGGCUACAUAGAUUCUAGAGCUUAUUAAAUGUUUUGUCAUUACCACUUAAUUGAAUGUCACCACAGUACCAGCAAUGCACUUUGUGUGUUUUAUUUGCAAUGGUAUACACACAAACAGUUUGACAGAUGAGUUAUUUGUUGGAAUAUUUUAAUUUGAAUUGUUAUUUAUAUGAGCAAUUAUGAAUGUUGCUUUUGUCAAUAUAUGCAAACAAUGCUCUGUCAGAUAAUUCAAUAAAAUAAAGAUAUAAUGGGUAAUAGAUGUGAAUGUGGAAUGUUCUUUAAAGCAAAUAGCUCUUGCUGUAGUCGGAUCAAUUCACAAUGUUGACCAUAUUAAUUGGAAGUCUGUGAUGUGUUCAAAAUCAGAAUCGUUCUUGAUAAUAAAUGCAUUUAUUUUUUCAAAAAAUAUUUUCAAGUUUUAAUUUUGAAAAGUACUAUGUUGAAAAAUUUUGAAUGUGUUUCGUGAUUUUCAGCAUUGUGUCUUGAGAUGUCUAAUUGUAUCUAAGUAAAACUCAUGGAUUAUAAGUAAUUAAAUAUUUACAUGCUUGUUUUACUUGUGAUAAAAUAAAAUAUAUAUUAUCAGCC